AAGUGUGGAUACAGUAUUCAAGUUUUACCUUUUGCACGAGAUAAUCAGCGCGCGCUCAGCACCCGGGUCAACACCGCGCGAGGACGCUUUCUCCUCAGAUUUGUGCAGCUUGGGUCGGAAGUUGGGAUCGCUAAACAUCUCCGUCCGAAAGGGAAACGAGGAGAGGGAGACGCGAGAGAGAGGACAUGAACGGAAGGGAGGCAGAAAUCACACACAAGCCGAGCUGUACCCACGCGUAACGCAAUUCUGGGCGUGCAGAAAGACGCCAAACAAAGUAACGUUAUCCGGAUAAAUGUAAACACCGAUGUAUAUUUUUCCUUUGGACAUGUUUCCGCUGCCGGGGAGCGUUGUUUAGACUGCUGUGGAAACAGGGAUACCCCGGUGUUGUGGAAGGACCGCUCUGUGUAUUAUCUCCUUUUUUUUUUGUUUGCUGUGGAAAUUACGGGAAGUUCUUGUUUUUUAAACUUCCGAGGAAACGUUAAAUGCAAAUGCGGUAGGUGAGUCCGGGCUUUGGAAACAGACUUGAAACGCUUUUUUUGUGUGUGUAGUAGGCUGCUGUUUGGUUCACUGAAAUGUGAGACACUAGUGAAGUCGCUACAUGACAAACCGCUGCACCCAGCUGUUUCACUAGCCUCUACUGCAACCUUUCAUUCACGCCUGUUUGGAUUGGAUAUGCAAAGCAAACUUUUUAAGAAUGAAGAGAAGAAAAUUCCCAUAGCACGCCUCUGUUGUCUGCUUUCAUCGCCGCCGUCCUCUGAACUGGAUCUGUGUUAUUAUUUUAGUCUUUUUCAAGCCUUCAUUUCCAUGUUUUGGAGACAGGAGAGCUGACAUGGGAUGGGAGUAUAGUGCGGUGACAUACAGUUGCGAAAUUGUCUGAGUAUCGAGCUGAUAGUGAAUGAUUAAGACAUCCGGAGCAGGUAGGGAACCGACCGUAGUGCCUGUGUGUGCGCCGUGAAGCAGCCCGCUUGUGUGAAGCAGCUCGACGGUUACUUUGUGAGGAGAGUCUCCCCGGAGCCGAUAUGGAGGAGUGGAGACAAUGCGGGCGGUGGUUGAUAGACUGCAAGGUCCUGCCCCCGAACCACCGGGUCGUGUGGCCCUCGGCGGCCGUCUUCGACUUGGCACAGGCCCUGCGAGACGGGGUGCUCCUGUGCCAGAUGUUGCACAACCUCUCGCCCGGAUCCGUGGACCUGAAGGAGAUUAACUUCAGACCCCAGAUGUCACAGUUCCUGUGUUUGAAGAACAUCCGGACAUUCCUCAAGGUGUGCCACGACAAGUUUGGACUGCGCAACAGUGAGCUGUUUGACCCUUUUGACCUCUUCGAUGUCAGAGACUUCGGCAAGGUGAUCUCCGCUCUGUCAAGGAUCUCCCACCACAGCAUUGCACAAAUCAAAGGCAUCAGGCCUUUUCCAUCAGAAGAUACAGCUCUGAAUGAGGACGAUGUGUACCGGAGCCUUGAGGAGCUGGCAGAUGAGCAUGACUUGGGUGAGGAUGACAUCUACGACUGUGUGCCGUGUGAGGACGAUGGGGAUGACAUCUAUGAGGACAUCAUUAAGGUGGAAGUACGACAACCCAUGAAAAUGGGUAUGACAGAAGAUGACAAAAGAAACUGCUGCUUAGUUGAGAUCCAGGAGACUGAAGGAAAAUACUACAAGACUUUAGAGGAUAUUGAAAAGAAUUACAUGAUUCCGUUGAAGCAAGUCUUGAGUCCACAGGACAUGGAGGCUAUCUUUGUCAAUCUCGAGGAUGUAAUAAAAGUCCAUUUUGGCCUCCUGCGAGCCAUCGAUCUGAACAUGGUCAGUGGAGGAAGCGGCCUGGGGAAGAUUUUCCUCGACUUCAAGGAAAGGUUGUUGAUCUACGGUCAGUACUGCAGCCACAUGGAGAACGCCCAGAAGACACUGGAUGAGCUAAUAGCAACACGAGAGGACGUCAGGAUUAAAGUAGAGGAGUGCACUAUGAAAGUGCAGGAAGGGAAGUUCAAGCUGCAGGAUCUUCUGGUGGUUCCCAUGCAGAGGGUGCUGAAGUAUCACCUACUACUGAAGGAACUUUUGAGUCACUCAACAGACAGACCAGAGAGACAACAGCUCAAGGAGGCUCUGGAGGCUAUGCAGGACCUGGCCAUGUACAUCAACGAAGUCAAGAGGGACAAUGAGACGCUGAAGAAAAUCAGCGAAUUCCAAAGUUCAAUAGAAAAUCUUCAGCAGGUGAAACUGGAGGAGUACGGGAGGCCAAAGAUAGAUGGAGAGCUGAAGGUGUGCUCCAUCGUCAACCGAACAAAACAGGACCGGUAUAUUUUCCUGUUUGAUAAAGUGGUCAUUGUCUGCAAGAGGAAAGGCUAUAGCUAUGAGCUCAAGGAGAUUAUUGAACUGCAGUCAUAUAAAAUGUCGGACGACCCCAUGAACAACAGAGACAUGAAAAAGUCAAGUGGAAAAAUGUGGUCGUACGGUUUCUACCUGAUCCACCUGCAAGGGAAGCAGGGCUUCCAGUUCUUUUGCAAAACUGAGGAUACAAAGAGGAAGUGGAUGGAGCAGUUUGAAAUGGCCAUGUCCAACAUUAAGCCAGAGAGAGCCACGGCCAAUCAGCAUAACUUCCAAAUGCACACAUUCGAUAAGAACACCAACUGUCGAGCCUGCAAGAUGCUCUUGAGGGGCAUCUUCUAUCAGGGCUACUACUGCUCUCGCUGUGGAACAGGAGCACACAAAGAGUGUCUGGAAGUCAUCACCAUCUGUAAAAUCAAUCCUCAUGACUUGGAACCUGGAAUAUCAUCAGGUCCCAAGAUGGUGGCAGUGAGGAACUACCACGGCACACCAGCACCUCCGGGGAAGACGCCGCUCUGUUUCCAAACAGGAGAUUUUAUCGAGCUGCUGAAGGGAGAUCCUGACACAUCGUGGUGGGAGGGAAAGCUGAUACAAACACAAAAAAGCGGCUUCUUUCCCAGCUCCUGUGUAAAACCAUGUUUGGACCCAAAGCCCUUCCAGUCAUUAUCGAGCCGGCAGUCCUCAAGGGAAUCAGACUACUAUGGAUAUCCUUGGUUUGCAGGGAACAUGGAGCGCCAGCAGGCUGAUAACCUUUUAAAAUCCCACAGCAGUGGGACGUACCUUAUCAGAGAGAGGACAGCUGAGGCAGAGCGGUUUGCCAUCAGCAUCAAAUUCAAUGACGAAGUAAAACACAUCAAAGUCAUUGAAAAAGACAGCUGGAUUCACAUCACUGAGGCCAAGAAGUUUGAGAGUCUUUUGGAACUAGUGGAGUACUAUCAGGCCCAUUCACUGAAAGAAAGCUUCAAGUUGUUAGAUACCACAUUGCGAUACCCCUACAAGUCAAGAGAACGCUCGCUAACACGGGCCAGCACACGCUCACCAGCAGCCACCUGCGCCUCCUACAACUUCUCCUUCCUCAGUCCGCAGGGCCUCAACUUCUCAUCUUCUCAGAGCUCAGCCCCCUUUUGGUCAGUGUUUACUCCUCGGGUGGUCAGCACAGCUGUGGCCAGGUAUAACUUUGCAGCACGCGACAUGAGAGAGCUGUCACUGCGAGAAGGAGACAUUGUCAAAAUCUACAGCAAGAUCGGUGGAGAUCAAGGCUGGUGGAAAGGAGAAGCCAACGGUCGAAUUGGAUGGUUUCCCUCAACGUACGUGGAUGAAGAAGGAGUGCAGUAAGGCUUGGAUGUUUGCUGGCAUGGCUCCCUUUAAAUCAGGAACCAUCUUCUAUCUACUGUUCUCAGAGAAAUUACUCACUCUCUCCAGGAAAAUAACAAGUGGGGGAAAAAAGAACUUUUUUGUCGUUGUUUUUGCUGGAUACUCAUUUUUCAGCGAGUGUUUCUACCCCAUUUCUCUAUCUUCAAUUAUGCAUCAGCUUUGCUUUGUUUGUACAUUUUUAUUUUUAUUUUUUGCAGGAUGUCCUGUUUAAUUUCUGUACAGGAAAGAAGAAAAAACUGGCUUCUGGCUUGUUGUCUGUCAGCCUCCGUGUGCUCUGCAGAGGCUCUAUUGAACUGAGGACACAGGAGAAACUGACUGUGGAUAGCUUUACUUUGAAAAAAAAGGCUCCCCUUUGUUGCAGGUCUAUGCGAGGUGAAAUAAUUGUAAAGUAUAGAUAAUUUAUUGAAUAGAGAUUAUUAUCAUUACUAAUGAUUAUUGUGGGGAAGUUGAUUUUAAGAGCAGCAAGGAAUCGGACGAGAAGAAUAAGAAAAAAAAAGACAUGCUCUGUUUUCAUGUUGAGAUUUUGCCUUAGUUGUCAUGGUGAUGCCUUGUGGGCUGACACCAGUGGAGGGAAUCGACUUUGUUGACUGGUUUUACUUCUCCAUGUAUGCAUGUGCCCAUGUGCGGCCCACACAAACACACACACACACACACACAGACCAGUACAGUACGGUGCCUUUGAAGAAUGGUUGUUGCUUACUGAACGUCAACAGUAAAGAACAUUGCCAUUGCAAAAAAAAGACAGUUUGUCCACAUCCAGAGGACUUUGCUAAAGGAGGGGACAGGCACUCAUACUUAAUACUGGAGACAGCUCGCCUUCUGAACCCUCCAAAACAACAUGGUGAAGCAUUUAAUCUAUCCUAACAGGUGACUGGAUGGACUCACAGAGACAGCCGGGGGGGUUUUAUAGCCAACAACAAUCACAUACACUGUUCACAUCUGUCUUGGCGUCACGAGUCAACGGGUGCAAUCAGCCGGAUGCAAAAGGGAAACAUAGAGACAUUCCACUGGACAACUAUUUCACACUUUUGAAUCUUGUGUUUAUUGUUUGUUUUUUUUCUUUUGCACAGAAUUUUUUUUAAGGUUUUGAAAACUGGACCAUGUUAUUUCAAGCCAAAUUCAGCCAUGUUUUAAUGUCUGCACGGAGUUUGUUCGAUUGUUAUGUUUUUGUACUUUGCCUUAUUUUUACAGUUGAUCAGGUGAUGGGAUUUUGUUUUCCUUGAUGUUUAUCAUUUCUCAUGUGUGAAAUUUGGUGCAGUGCAGACUGGUGAAAAUUAAAGUGUCAUAAGAUUUCUUUGAGUCUGAAGGAAAAUGUUUGUGCUAAUUAACAUGAAUAAACAGAAGGAGCCCUUAAUCAUUUUGUGAUUUUCUAAGGUUGCAGUGCUCAGUGUUUCCAUUUACUUCCAUUACUUUCCUAAUGCCAUAUAUAUGAAUUUACAGCCAUUUAAACAGCAGUAAAUUGGCAUAAAGCUUUUAUCAGUUUUCUAUUAAACACAGAUGUAACAGACGACUUUACAAUUCUAGUUAUACAAGUAUUGGGAUUUUUACUGACCAAGUCAGCUCAGGUUUCAAAUUUUGUUUACGUUCAAUUUGAUAUAAAAUACUUUGACUAACUCUGCUUAUAUGGCCUUUAACUUUUCGAUCUUCUACCUACAUAUUUUAAUUAAGCAUACAUAUAUUGCUUGCAGCUUCCACUGAAUUGUCUUGAAAAUGUCACAGUUUACAAUAAGAAAUAAAAUAAGAAAAGCUGUACUAAAAAUGGAAAUUAUGGAAAGUAGCUGGUUUUAUAAAAUGUGGACUAUAUUCUUCCCAAGAAUAAAAUAAGUUAUUAAACUAGCUCUCAAGCAUUCAUAAAGCCCACUGAGAAGCAAAGUGCAAACACUGAGCACGCCAGCUCGAGCUGAUUCACAAAGACGUACGUGCAGAAGAUGUUAUGUUUAGUUUCUAAACUUUUGACUGUCUAUGAUGUGUGUUACUGCAAAGGCUGACCGCCCCGAAAAACACAAAGUCCUACCACUGUGUGAGACGGACACACAGGAGGCCUCCAUGUUGUCUACGGUGAGGGGAGGGGGGGAUUCUAAUCGCUGUUUAUGUAGUGGACAAAAUCCCAUUGCAUGCGGCUAUUGAUAUUUCAACUCCUGUCAAUACGUCCUCAAAAAAAUAAGUACUUAAUCGUGUACAUUUUUUUUGAAUGGUUGAGUAUUUCCAA